AUGGGCCUUCCUCGAGGUCGGUGUCGACCACAUCAUGUCGCGAAGCUCGGCAUGUCGUACCAGUACUACAUUCUGCUGUACACGAGCAUCUACGAUUACUGCACAAACUCGGCGCGCGGUGGACUCAAUCUGCCCCAGAUGCCGCGCGGUGCCGGAGCUAGUCUCCAGGGCGCUGAGCUGUACAAGAAGCUGAGCCAGUUCCUUGCUGAGCACUGCAAGUCGAUGCGUGAGCUCAACGACCUCGAGCUGCUCAAGUACUACGCCCGCCAGUGGGACAGGUACACGAUGGGUGCGCGCUACGUGAACAAGCUGUUCAACUACCUGAACAAGCACUGGGUGAAGCGAGAGAAGGACGAGGGCCGUAAGGACGUCUACACGGUCUACACCCUCGCGCUCGUCAUGUGGAAGCGUCAGUUCUUCACCUACAUCAAGCAGGAGUCGGACACGACGCCCUCGCGCCUGACGCUCGCCGUGCUCAGGCAGAUCGAGCUCCAGCGCAACGGCGAGAUCAUUGACAACUCGCUGCUCAAGAAGGUCAUCGAGUCUUACGUCGCGCUCGGCAUUGACGACGCCGACGCCCAGCGCCAGAACCUCGAGGUGUACCAGGACUGCUUCCAGAAGUUCUUCAUCGACGCGACCGAGAAGUACUACACUGCCGAGUCGUCUGCGUUUGUCGCUUCCAACUCGGUCCCCGACUACAUGAAGAAGGCAGAGGAGCGUCUCGCCGAGGAGGCGGACCGGAUAAACCUCUACCUGCACGACAGCACGCGUGUUCAGCUCAAGGACACGUGCGAGGAGGUCCUCAUCAACCAGCACCGCGAGAUCAUGUGGAACGAGUUCCAGCCCCUCCUCGACGCCGAUCGCGAGGCCGACCUUGCCCGCAUGUAUGGUCUUCUCUCCCGCGUCCGCGGCCUCGACCCGCUCCGCAAGAAGUUCGAGGACCACGUCAAGCGCGCCGGUCUUGCUGCUGUUGAACGUGUGGUUCCUGCCCCCGGCGCCGUCAACGAGCAGGGCAAGCCCGAGACGCUCGACCCCAAGGCGUAUAUUGAGGCCCUGCUUAGUGUGCACUCCAAGUUUGGCGACAUUGUCAACGGUCCCUUCAACUCGGAGCUUGGCUUCAAUGCGUCGCUCGACAAGGCGUGCCGCGAGUUUGUCAACUCGAACGCGGCGGCUACUACCCCGACCAAGUCGCCCGAGCUCCUCGCGAGCUACUGCGACCAGCUGCUGAAGAAGUCGAACCGCGACUUGGACCCGGACGCGCUCGAGAACGCGCUCAACCAGUCAAUGGUCAUCUUCAAGUUCAUCGAUGACAAGGACGUCUUCCAGAAGUUCUACCAGCGCAGGCUCGCCUCGCGUCUCGUGAACGGCACGUCGGCGUCUGAGGACAGCGAGAGCAGCAUGAUCUCCAAGCUCAAGGAGCUCUCCGGAUACGACUACACGAACAAGCUCACGCGCAUGUUCAGCGACGUCAGUGUCGGACGCGACAUUACGGAGAAGUUCAAGGAGAAGGAGCGCCGCGACAACUCGCCCGACGACAUCGACUUCACCAUCAUGGUGCUCGGUACCAACUUCUGGCCCCUCACGCCGCAGAACACCGAGUACAACGUCCCGCGCGAGAUCCGUGGUGUCUACGACCGCUUCACCCGCUUCUACAACGACGUCCACUCGGGUCGUAAGCUCACUUGGCUCUGGCACGUGUCCAAGGGUGAGAUGCGCCCUACGUACCUCGGCCAGAAGUACAUCUUCAUGGUCAGCGCGUACCAGCUCGUCAUCCUGUGUCAGUUCAACGAAAACGACUCCCUCACGUUCAAGGAGAUCCAGACUGGCACUGGUCUUGCUGAGGGCAUCCUCAAGUCACAGCUCAACCUCCUCACCAAGCUCAAGGUGCUCACGAACGACGGCGACACGUACGACCUCAACAUGCACUUCAAGAGCAAGAAGAUUCGCGUGCAGCUCAACCAGCCUGUGCGCGCCGAGCAGAAGGCUGAGGCAAAGGAGGUCCUGCAGAGCGUCGACGAGGACAGGAAGUUUGUGUACCAGGCCAACAUUGUCCGUCUCAUGAAGGCGCGAAAGCACCAGCAGCUUAUUCAAGAGGUCACCGCCCAGAUCUCGCAGAAGUUCACCCCCAAGGUGUCCGAGAUCAAGAAGGCGAUCGACCACCUCAUCGACAAGGAGUACCUCGAGCGUGGAGAGGAGAAGGACCAGUACAACUACCUGGCGUAG